AUGUCCAUGACGUUGAAGAUGAAGAAGAUGUGGAGAGAGGAGAUCUCUGUGAUCAUGAUCAGCCAACUCAUCACUUCCAACGACGAAAUGUUGAUGAGAAUCGCGGCGAAGCGACUGACGACGGAGAAGUACUCGGACAAGAUGCUCAUGAAACACAACAUCCUCAUGCUCGUCGUCGAUCACUUUCCCAACGAACUGACCGCCAAAGUGAUGAAUCAUUACAUGGAACCGAUCUGGGAGGAGACGCAUCAGAACGGAUACGUUGGCGACGACGAAGGAGAAGAGGAGCAGAAGGAGAAUGUGGUCCCAGUGGUCGAAGUGAAGGAGCCGAAGAAGCGGAAGGACCGGCAGAGAAAGAGACACGUCUACGCACCGUACUAA